AGCCCAAACUCUUAACCAAAUUUCUGCCUUAAUUCUCUUAAACCCCCGUCCCCAAUUUUACUCCGUCGACGGCGAAUCCUCGCAUUUCCGGCAAUCGAACGGUAGUUGGUUGAGUCAAUAGGAGACAAAAGAUGCCGCUUUAUGAUUGUAUGCUUUUACUAAAACCGCAUGUAAAGAAGGAGGCUCUGAUGGACCUUGUUGCAAAGGUUGGCAAGCAUGUUUAUAGAAAAAAUGGCGUGCUUACGGAUUUAAAGUCGUUUGGUACUGUUCAAUUGGGUUAUGGCAUUAAGAAACUAGAUGGAAGAUAUUAUCAGGCGCAACUGAUGCAAAUGACAGUGAUGACACCUCCCAGUUUUAACAAUGAGCUGCAUUACUUGAACAAAGAAGACCGCCUACUUCGAUGGCUUUUGGUUAAGCAUCGUGACAUCAAAUUUGGAUUUGACCUUUGGGGUGAAGAUGGUGUUAAGUCUGACCUGAGCAAGUUCAGGAGCAACAUAUAUGAAAUUGAAGAAGAAGAAGAUGAUGAUGACGACGAUAAUGAUGAUGAUGUCGAUGAAUCGGAGAAGAAUUCUGCCUAGAGAACUUGUGACUUUCACUAUAAGCUGCUGAUUAGAGGCCAGCAUAACCAAACCAGAGGAAGAUAAAAAAAAUUCUGGUACUGGGACUCAGCUAUGACUCCAGUUUUAGUCAUUAAUCAGUAUAUUUUUCUGAUCUUGAUUAUAUUUUCUUGAUAUUUGAUAUUAACGUGUGUUCUCUUCUGUAAAUAUGAGUAAGUUUUAGAAAUGAUUUUCCCUCUUAUGGGUUGUGCUAAUCAGAGAUUAAAUUGUUUUGUCUUGCUCUAA